AUGCGAGUGCUCCGGGUCCGAUGCGUUGACGAUGGGCGUGAACUGUUUCUCGAGCGCUCGGGCGCGCAGGCAGACCGCAUUCGCGUGGCUGAGCUAAAGCAGUGGAUACUACAGCAACGACAGCAGUUGCGUGGAAACGCUGCGAGUCCAUUGCGUCUCGACGACUGUUUCGUGCUCCUUCGCGGCCAAAUUGUCGCCGAUCCAGACGUACUGGACUUGAACACGCUCUUGCCAUCGGAUUUCUUCCUCGUGGCCAUGGGCUUUCCAGCAGCCGCAGUAGCUCAAGCUCUUCGACAAAGUCACAACGACCUCACGCAAGCGGCUUUGCUGCUGGUAGAAGGCAAAGUGUAUGCAGUGGCUGAGCAGAAAGGAUCGAAGGCCAGUGAGGCGACGACCAACUCGAGUGCGCGGCAGUGUCCAUCGUCUCCGCUUGGACACUUAGUGCAUGACGAAAACAUGCGAAAGCUACGGACACUGGCAGCAACGAACUCGUUCGAGGCGUUGCUGCUGUUGAAAGACCAGUUUUCAUCAGAGCUGCUGAAUCAGCUGAAUGAAAACCCGGUGGCGACGCUGCAGCUCCUUCUACUCCCCGCUUCUGCUACAAGUUCGCCUUCCGUUGAGGGUGAGGUAAUAGACUGCAGCAAUGAUGCGGUUGAUUCUGAAUCUGGACGCAAGGUGGCCAUAGCUGCAAGUAGCAGUAUGAAGGCUGACGCAGUGGAGCGGCUUGUCGCGAUGGGCUUUGCUCGGGAUCUUGUGGAGAUGCUGUUUGAAUCGUGCGGCGGUGACGAGCAACUGACAGCACACGCGUUGCUGCAGACGUUGGAAUCAUGA